CCGACAGUUUGUGGGCUCUCCAGCAUGUGCCUGUUUGCUUGGUGCCGCUCUCCUGAUAAGUCACAACAAAGCUUCCAGAGGGAGAGCAAGGAUGGAAAGCACCGCAGCCCCUAUCACCAAAUCUGCAGCUGCCAAGUUAGUUAAGAAAAAUUUCCUUGAAGCUCUAAAGUCAAAUGACUUUGGAAAAUUGAAGGCCAUUUUAAUCCAAAGGCAAAUAGAUGUGGACACAGUUUUUGAAGUUGAAGAUGAGAAUAUGGUUUUGGCAUCUUAUAAACAAGGUUAUUGGUUGCCUAGCUAUAAAUUAAAGUCUUCUUGGGCAACCGGCCUGCACCUCUCAGUCUUAUUUGGUCAUGUGGAAUGUCUGCUGGUGCUGUUGGACCAUAAUGCUACAAUCAACUGUAGACCCAAUGGGAAAACCCCUCUUCAUGUGGCUUGUGAAAUGGCCAACUUGGAUUGCGUUAAGAUCCUCUGUGACCACGGCGCAAAGCUCAAUAGCUACUCCUUAAGUGGACACACAGCCUUACACUUCUGUACAACUCCAAGCUCCAUUCUCUGUGCCAAGCAGUUAGUUUGGAGAGGAGCAAAUGUGAACUUGAAGACCAACAACCAGGAUGAGGAGACGCCCCUGCACACGGCUGCGCACUUCGGCCUCUCGGAGCUGGUGGCCUUCUACGUGGAGCACGGAGCCAUCGUGGACAGUGUGAACGCCCACAUGGAGACGCCACUCGCCAUCGCCAGCUACUGGGCCCUCCGCUUUCAAGAGCAGGAGUACAGCAGGGAGCACCACCUCAUUUGCCGCAUACUGCUCGACUACAAGGCUGAGGUCAAUGCCCGGGAUGACGACUUUAAAUCUCCGCUCCACAAGGCCGCCUGGAACUGCGACCAUGUGCUCAUGCACAUGAUGCUGGAGGCGGGCGCCGAAGCCAACCUCAUGGAUAUCAACGGCUGUGCGGCCAUCCAGUACGUGCUGAAGGUCACCUCCGUGCGCCCGGCCGCCCAGCCUGAGAUCUGCUACCAGCUGCUGCUGAACCAUGGAGCCGCUCGAAUAUACCCUCCGCAGUUCCAUAAGGUGAUAGAAGCUUGUCAUUCUUAUCCCAAAGCAAUCGAAGUUGUCGUCAAUGCCUAUGAACACAUCAGAUGGAACAUAAAGUGGAGAAGAGCUAUCCCUGAUGACGACUUGGAGAGACACUGGGAUUUUUACCACUCCCUCUUCACUGUGUGCGGUAACUCUCCAAGGACCCUCAUGCAUUUAUCGAGAUGUGCCAUUCGAAGAACGUUGCACAACAGAUGUCACAAAGUAAUUCCUUUGCUUUCCCUCCCAUUGUCAUUGAAAAAGUACUUGCUUUUAGAGCCUGAGGGAAUCAUUUAUUAAGCCUUAUGAGACAGAAGUUCCCAGUCCUAGAUAUUUAAAUGGACUCGCCUGGUAGACACAGUUUGCAUAAAUAAAAUGGUACUUGGGUUGAUUAUAACACUUCAGGGAUUUCAAAACACUUUACAAACACUAUGUCAUUAAUCCUAGGGUGAGGGGAAAUAAACAAGAAGUAAAGUUAAGGAAUUCUCAAAGACACGAUGUAUCCUGAAGAUACUGAUAAAAUAAUGAUAACUAACAUUUAUACAAUGCUCUCAUUAGGUGCAUGAGAGAUUUUUGUCAAACUUUCCAUAUCUGAGCUUAUUUGCAUGGGACCCAGGUUUUCUUAAAACCAACCUCAUCUUCUACUUUCUCAGUAAUACGUUUACAUUACCUUUCAGUGGGCAAAAUAGCAAGCUUUUAUAAUUGGCCUAUUAAUCUUUUCUGUCUCACUUCCAUUACCACUUUGCAGAAAUUGACCUUGGCUAGUUUUGCAAACUCUGAUCCCCACCAAGACUCUUCAAAUUUUUUUUUUUGGUGAAGAGCUUACUCGAAACCAUGGAGAUCUUUGAGUCGAGUAAAAAGCAAAGACUCAUCCAUCUCAUAGUCAAAAUGGACAUUUCAACACACUCUCAUUGAGCCAGAACCUGGAGGUGCACUCACAAAUUGGAAGAACUCCUGCCCUCCAGGAUCUCACCAUUUAACCGAGAAUCCAGACAUUAGAGCAAACAACUGCAGUGUCAAAUCCCAGGGGCAAGCCUACAGUUGCAGGCCCCUUCCUAGAGAUUACCUUCCAAGUUGUGUUUCUGACAUGAAGUGUGUUUUUCCUUUAAAGCAUGAAGAUAAAGAGUGAAGGGAUUGUGUGAAGAGAGCUGUUAGUGUUAAUGUAUUCACUUUAAGUUUCUCCAAACACCCGUUUUAUUUCAGCACAAUUUGCUGUUUGGUGCUUCUCCAGACUCAGCAAGAAGACUGCACACUCCGUGGCUCCCACUUAUGUGACUAGGGAGUUGAGAAAAAUGUGUGGGAGGAAGUGUGUGCAGGGAAAGACUUCAGUUGAAGUCUUUGGUUUUUUUUUAGUUAUGCAUACAAGAACUGGGGUGUAAGCCAGAGGUGCAGGGGUGGGGGGGGGUGAAAGGAUUCAACAGACAGAGUAGGGAGCAGAACAGGCAGAUGUACUGAAAUACACCACUGAGGGGAGCAGCAGGCAAGGCAGGAGAGGUCUGCUGCACCAUGUGGAUUGGAUUGCUCCCUGGACAGCUGGGGAUGGAACUCCUUGUGCUGCAGUGGCUGGCAGAGCUUGAUAGUGCUGUGUUUAACCCCUGCGCCACCAGGGAGGCCCUACUUUGUUCUUUUGUAUGUAACAGAAUACCAUGUCACUGCAUUUUCACUAGGAAAUAAGGAGCAGUGCUAGGAUGAAUGGCUGUAGAAAACAAAUAGACCUUUUGAAAAUGGUGGAAGUUGGAGAAACUUGGAGUGAUAACUGUGUUAACCAGGCUUUGUGGUUUGCAGAAAGAGAAAUGUAGAUGACUAACCUCUGGACAUUAUGGAUUAUGAGGCCAACUUUGGUACAUUUUUGUUCUUGCUCAUUUUUAGAUAAGCACUUCGCCUCUUAGCAUCACUUGUUAGUGGUUAAAGUGAAGUAAUGAAGCACCGAUAAAUCUGCCCAUUGUGAACAGGUUUCUUUUAUUUGUGUGAUUCCCCCUCUUACUUAAUUUUUGAUGACUGAAUUUUAAAUAGAGAUAUCAAAUAUUCCAUUAAUCUACUAUUUAGAUGGUGCUUCUCCACUGGUGUUUGCAUAUUUCCUGAGCUGUGUAGGAGAAAUCACAGGUGGAUGUGAUGCUCUUUCUGAAGUAUCAGUUUUACCCACAUAUUUGGGAGAACUAUUUUGUACUAAAACAAGAUCUACAUUAUGGAAUAGAAUGCUGAAUUUGUAUGAACUAUUCAUAUAAAACAUGAUCCUUCAAAAAUCAUUUCUUGCAGUAGUUGAAAUGCAAGAGGUAGUUUUUGUAUCCUAUCUAGCAUGCUGAGUUGAGGUGCAUGCUGCCCCCACCUUCUGGAAUAUUCUGGCAGAAACAUUUGUGGUGCUCUGACUUGGGGUGAGUAAAAGUGAUGCUGAUGGCAAAGAAAGAGAAUGUGGAUUGCUCAGUGAAAUAUUGUGUGUCAGCCUGCUUGCCUGUGUGUGCUUAAACCUUUUGUGUAAUCUAGCAUAUAAGACACGACUACUUGUUUUGAAUUGUUUAUUUGUGGAUUUAUUUUUCCUUAUCUUUGAACUUUUAUUUAGAGGACUUAAAUAAAUAAAACUCUUCUG